CUCUCCACCAUGACCGACCCAGUGCUACCGCCAGACCUGGAGCGCGCCAUCUUUGAGCUCGCGGCGUGGGGCGAUGUGCGGAUGAUCGCGACGCUGCCGCUCGUCGCUCACCGCGUCAACGCCUGGAUGCGGCUGCUGCGCUUCCGAGUGUACCGCAUCCCGGACUACAAUGGCCUCAGCGUGCUCUGGGGACAUGCAGCCGCAUUCCCGCAAAGCCGGGCGGCCAUGACCCACCUUGCGAUGGUCGCCACCGGUUGGCCCACAGCCACCAUUCUGGCGCGGCUGGCGGCGACGUUCCCACACAUCGUCGACCUCGCGCUGUGGGGCAUCCCGCACCGCGCGAACGACCUGCAGCCAAUCGGGGCGCUGGCCAAUCUGCGCCGCCUGGCGCUGAGCCCGCUCUACGCCUUCCGGAACAACGCCGCCACCGCCGUCGCCGUCCGGAGCCUGGCGCCGCUCGCCCGGCUGACACACCUCGCGCUCCUCGCGGCAGCCGGCCCGUGGCUUGUCCCCACGCUCGCCACGUGCUUCCCCGCGCUCACCCACCUCGCCCUCUUCGAGCAGCACCCUCCGCGCGCCGCAUUCGUCGUCGACAUGCGCCAGCUGCUGCGGUCGCUGCGCCUCGCAGUGUGCGUGUAG